CUCAAGAGCCACGACGGUCGAGAUGGCGGCUUCACUAUCCUCCUCCGUGGCAUCCCUGAAAUCAUCGCUGCAAUUGCUAGAAUCAUCUAUUGAUGUCCUGGACAAUGGCGUCAACGACUUUCCCCGCCUCUGCAAAAUACUCCAGUCGACGAGACAUUUUGAACUCCUGCCGGAACCUACUUUACAAGAAGCUCAAAAGGCUAUCCUCGACGAAAUCACCCCCAGCAUCGCUCACUUGCUACGCCUUUCGGGGAACCAUAUUGACAAACUCGCCCGACGCGAAGAAGCUCUGAAGGCUAAAUGUGAACUGCAGGAAGGCAGGUUGUCUCGCGACUCAAGGCCGUCUUCUCGUGUCGGUGGUCAUGCCGAUGGAAAGACCGAACCCAGCGGCUUACGUGCUGCGAGCAGUGCUCGAGCGGCUGAACUGCGGAAGCUGGUGCAAAAGAAAGAACGACUAAAGUAUGCCGUGGAGAGACUGGAGUUGCAGUCACGACAGAGGGAAAGACAACUGAGGAAGAGCAUGGCGGCACAGUGAAGGACCGGCAGACAAUGCUUGAACCUUUUGCAACUAGGUUCAAGUUUUUUUUUUUUUUGAACUAAUAUGCUUUUCCACAGAAGGAAAAGCGAAAACGAGGUCAUAGGACCUUUACCUGGGCCCCAAUCGACAUUCUACGCUGCCCUUAAAUGAUCAAGUGGGAGACUUUGAUAAUUCUCGUUGGUAGCAAUGGAGGUAUCGAGAGCCGAUAUUCCCAGACCCGAACCAAGACCCAAACUAUCAAAUUGAUCUUCAACAAUAACGACGUCAAUUCCGACAUCAAAUAAACCAAUAAAAAGCUACAGGACUUAAUCGUUAUGUUCUACGGAUGCCAAGGCGAUCCGUUUUGGUGAUACUCUUGAAGCUAUCAAAUGAGGGAAACUGUUUAGAAUGGACAAGGUCAAAAUGGGCGGAAAGUCGUCGUAUUCUCUAACAGCGUAUCGGAGGCCGCUAAAUGCAACUUGAAUUUGCUGUAUAUGGAACUCUGCGCUGGCUCUAUGCAGCCGAAUUCUAUGCCCAUCCAUGGUCAGGGCCAAUCAGGCAAGCUGCAAACACUUCAAGGUAACAUUUACUUACCAAGAAGAAUGAAAAUGGGCGGUACCCAUGGUAUCAGAUGAUUCAUUUGACUGGAAUAUUCCUGCACAUCUUUCAAGUCUCGAUUGGAGGAUAGUUCCCUCAAUACCUAUGUUGACGAAGAUGACGAAGUAAAAUAAGUGGAAUUAUGUAUAUGGUACUCCGUCCAUGAUCUCGCUAUUAAUACAAACGCUGAAAAUAUAUUUUACUCGUGAA